ACCAUGAAAGAUCUAUAAAAAGCUACUUUCUACAUUCAUUCUAACAACUUCAUUCUUCCAUAAUUUUCUCACAAACCACUCCAAACAAGAGCAAUAUGCUUUCUUUGCGUUGCCUUCUGUUUUUAUCUCUUCCUCUGUUUUUCACACUAAACUCUCAAGCCAACGACCAAUUAGUUUUCCGCUACCACAAAUGUAACAAUGAUCUCGGAAGCAUAACCGACGGUAGUACCUAUCAAAACAACCUUGCCGCCGUUCUAAAAAAUAUAUAUUCCAACAAAGAAAUAGACUAUGGAUUCUACAAUUUCUCUUAUGGCCAAAAACCUGACAAAGUAAGCGCAAUUGGAUUCUGCAGAGGAGACGUUAAUCCAAAUGAUUGCCGUGACUGCUUGAAAUCCUCCGCAGUACUUCUCACAGAUCGGUGUCCAAUUCAGAGAGAAGCAAUUGGAUACUACGACCUGUGCAUGUUACGCUAUUCUAAUGCUUCAAUUUUUGGUGUCAUGGAUACUGAUACUGGUUAUGUUUACGAUAUAGAAAAUAAGACAGGGGUGGAUGAUGCAUUUAGUCAAACACUUAAUGGCUUGUUGGAUGAACUUACAAGCACCGCCGCCGAAGGUGAUUGGCGUAAGAAGUUUGGUAUAAAGAGUGUUAAAGUAAAUGAAUCAAAUAACAAUAAUAACGAGACUAUAUAUGGGUUGGUUCAAUGUACACCAGAUUUGACAAAGCAAAAUUGUACUAAAUGCUUGGAUUCAGUUUACGGUAAGUUCUCAACGUGGUGUAAAGACAUGAAAGGUUGUUUGUAUAUGGGACCAAGUUGUUCGGUUAGAUAUGAUAUAGUUCAGUUUUAUCAGUCUAUAGUUAACAAUACGGAGUCACCAGCACCACGGCCAUCAGAAGCACUUCCUCCUAAAUCUGCAUCAACAAACUCGACAGAGUCGCCGGCACCACAGCCCUCUCAAGCACUUCCCCCUAAAUCUACAUCAACCAACUCCACACAGUCGCCGGCAUCACAGCCAUCUCAAGCACUUGCUCCUAAAACAGCAUCGACAAACUCCACCAACACAGAAUCACCAGCACCACAGCCUUCUCAAACACUUGCACCUAAAACUGCAUCAACCAAUUCCACCAACACAUCUCCAGGAUUAGGAAAGAGCAAGAAACUAAGAUCUGUCAUCACUAUCGGUAUAGUAGUUGUUGCUGUGUUUGGUUUGAAUUAGGCUUCAGUGACUCUACCCUGGUAAAGUCACCGUACCUUUCAUCAAAUAUCUACCCUUUGAUCAAUCAAAACCUCCAUAUAAAAUUAUGUAUUUUCUUUUUCAUUAAUUGAAACACAUAAAUUAUAUACAUGUUUCAGCUCAAAUAAAAUACUCAUUCUCUAUUAGUGGAAGACUCAUUGGUUUGACUCAGCACUGUUCUGUCUCUUUGUCGCCGUCGUGCAAGUCGCUGCCAAUGGGACCGCCACCAUUCCCCCCACCUGACUUUAUCAUUCUGUUUUUUCUUUCAUAUUUGUUAUGUGGGGUAUGGUUGGCUAUUUUUUAAUUUUCAAACAAAACUUGUUUGUGGGACAUUCUAUCAUUGAGUAGUUCAACCGGUAAAAUUAAGACUUACUUUA